CCCCUCCGGCCGGGCGCGCCCGCCCCUCGGCCGCCCCUCCCGGCGGGCAGCCCGCAUGCGCAGGCCGGGCGGCGAAGGCAGACGGCGCUAGAACCGGAGUGGGACAGGCGGUGGGCAUGGCGGCGGCGGGCCGGGUGCUGGUGUACGGGGGCAGAGGGGCGCUGGGUUCUCAUUGCGUGCGGUACUUCAAGGCCAAGAACUGGUGGGUGGCCAGCAUCGACCUGGCGGAGAACGAGGACGCCAAUGCCAGCGUGGUGGUGGGGGCGACCGACUCCUUCCCCGAGCAGGCCGAGCAGGUGACAACAGAGGUUGGAAAACUUCUUGGUGAAGAAAAGGUGGAUGCAAUCUUGUGUGUAGCAGGAGGAUGGGCUGGAGGCAGCGCCAAAGCUAAAUCUUUAUACAGAAACUGUGAUCUGAUGUGGAAGCAGAGCGUUUGGACAUCGACUAUCUCCAGUCACUUAGCCACGAAACAUCUGAAAGAAGGUGGCCUCUUGACUUUGACAGGAGCUCAAGCUGCUUUAUCUGGAACCCCAGGGAUGAUUGGCUAUGGCAUGGCCAAAGGAGCAGUGCAUCAGCUUUGUCAGAGUUUAGCUGGUGCCAAUAGUGGCUUGCCAUCUGGUUCUGCUGCUGUCGCUGUUUUACCGGUUACCUUAGAUACACCAGCAAACAGGAAAUCAAUGCCUGACGCAGAUUUCAGCUCCUGGACGCCCUUAGAAUUCAUUGUUGAAACCUUUUAUGACUGGAUAACAGGAACGAAUCGACCAAACUCAGGGAGUCUAAUCCAAGUGAUAACUAGAGGAGGGAAGACUGAACUAGUUGCAGCACAUCUUUGAUGUCAGUCACUUAAGACAGUGGAACUUCAGCAAAGGAAAAGCUGUGGAAAAUCUUAUUUGCCAAUAUAACUUGGAUUGUCUUCUGUAUCCAGGGAUUGUACUUAUGUCAUUAAUGGAACCACAUUUCAAGUAACCGGAUUUCGAGUAAUAUUUCUGUGCUGUCAUUUGUGAGCUAUCAGCGUUUGUUUACUAACAAGUAUCAAGUAAUUGUCUCUAAAUGAAAGUCGUGGGCUUUAAAGUCUGUAGAUAUCCUAAUUCUGAGCAUUUCAUGUCAACCUGGUUUCUCAGAAAUGGUAAUUGUGUUGAAUUAUGUCAUGUAAUCACAUAUAUAAUGGUUGGAUUUUUUUUAUUCUUGGUCAGUUAAGAGUUUCUGGCAACUUAUUGUGAAUCUUGCAGUAGUCUGUCUUUGAGAAUAUAACGCUGCCUCUGCAUCUUGUGUUGGCUGUAAUUACAGGAAACAUUACAGUCCUGUAUCAUGUCCUAGUCUCGUAACAUUUUUCUUGUGAAUGUUCCACUUGAGUUUGUGGAUCUAUAUAGAGAUUACUCACUUGAGAAGAAGUUCCUAAUUUGCCUUACAGUUUAUAAGCUGCUAUCAAGCCUACAAUUGUAGGAUAAAACAGUCAUUCUGUCAAAUGAUUAGUAUAUCUUUGAAUUAGUUGUGAUGGUUCUUUGCUUUUCCAAAAAGCAAAGUGCUGCAAAAAACUACUAGAAAAAGCAUACACACAUUUAUAUUUGAAUAUGGAACUUUUUGUGCUAAAUAAAUGUAUAUUGUCUUAUGUA